GACAUAGACAGCUUCCCCACCGCCUUCGUCGCCGCCCACGUCGUCCGACACGACGAGCUCGCCCGCCAAGAUGGCUAGGACGAGUUUCGCACCCUCCUUCAACCUCGAUGUCUCCACAAAUGACUUCCUGUCCCCCCAGGAUCUGCUUCCGCAUUCUGCGCCUUCCAUUGACCAGGAGAAGAUUGCGCCAUGGACUGUCGACCCUCCUCAACAUGACAAUGAACCGCCGACACCUCCCCCAAAGAGUACUAUGUUUGGCUUCAACCACCACAAGCUGUCGACCUCGACGCUUGCUGGUAGUACGACCAGUCUCCUCAGGUCACGACCUUCCGAUACGUUCAGUGUAGAAAGCGGUUCCACGUAUGGUGAUACGCUUCGUCCUCAUGACUUGAUGCGAAAAACCAGUUCUUCGCCCCUUACGCGGAUAGGAAACCUUAUCAAGAAACGGUCAAAGAGUGCCCUGCGGUCAGGCCUGCAGAUCGACUCUUCCUCCUCAUCAGAGAUCCCGCCACUCCCAUCUCCCGAUUUCAUUCCCUUCCGACCAGCACCUCCUUCCCCCCCUCCGUCUGAAUCAUCAAGAAAGGGCCGUAAGGAACGAAAGAAGAAACGGUCGAAUGCACCUCCACCACUUCCUCCGAAACAGAGCCAAUCAGAGUUCACGUUAGAUACAGAUUUAGACAAAAUGGAGGGUAUCAUCGACCUGACUGUUCUGCCACAAUCAAGUCUGGCGGCAGAUCCAGGCUCACCUAGCAGUGCCAGUGGUGGCUUUGAGUCGUCAGCUGCUUCAACGGCUCUCACAUCAGAUGUCUCCUCCGUUCAUCACGAUCACCAUAGUGGAUUAUCGCCGCAUGCAGGCACCAUCUUCAGCAAUCCAUUCCAACCUCCUCCGUUAUCAGGCACCAAACGCAAGAUGGGACCCGUUGCACACAUAUAUGACAGUAGGAAGGUAUCCCCCAAGUCGCAGCCGUCGGGUUCACAACGUCUGAAAUCGCCGGAAGAUACAGAUGAUGUACGCGGCCCCUCUUGGACUGCUCCAGAAAGUUGGGCAGUGGAGAAGGAGGGCGAGGAUUCCACGCAGGUAUACUCAAGUUCAGAUGAGAGCGUAUCCAAGUGCCCAGCCAAUCCCGCCCGGCGAAAACGUGUGCGACAAAGUACCCGUCUUCGUGCAAGUGGCAACACAAUGUACAAAAUCCGGAUCUAUCGUGCGAACAAUACCUACCAUGUUGUUUCGAUCGAUCUGGGUGUCACUGUCGGGGAGCUCACACCACAGUUGAACAAGAAGCUCUUGCUGGAUCCAAAAGCAGAAGUACAUCGCAUGUACUUGAAGGAACGAGGGAGAGAACGCGUGUUGGCACAGACAGAAAAGCCUGCAAACAUCGUACGACGACGCCUGGAGCAGGCUGGGUAUGAUAUUGCAGACGGCCUUGAUAUCCUUGGUGCCGAUGAUAUACAGUUCCUGAUGAAAUUUGUCUACAAGAGUAAUGUCUUAGGACCUGCUGAGGAAGACCUUAAUAUUGAGAACUUCGAAUACAUCGACCUCACCGGACGCAGUCUCAAGACGGUGCCUGUAGUCCUCUAUUCACAUGCCGACACGAUCGUUUCUCUGAACUUGUCUCGGAAUCCCAUGUUGGAGAUCCCUCUCGAUUUUGUUCAGUCGUGUACGACAUUACGGGAGUUGAGGUUGUCGAACAUGGCAAUGAAGAAGGUACCCCAAAGCGUUCGACACUGUUCUUCAUUAAACCGCUUGGACCUAUCAUGCAACCGCAUAGGAGAUCUUGACGAUGCGGGGUUGGAGCUCCUCACGAAUCUCACGUCGUUGAAGCUGCAGAAUAAUCGACUCGAGAGGCUCCCUCGCUACUUCCAAAGCCUCGAAAAUCUCAAAACGCUCAAUAUCUCAAACAACAAGUUCCAUAUAUUUCCCUCCGGAGUCUGCAGGCUCAAAGGCCUUCUGGAUCUCGAUGCGUCAUUCAACAUGCUUUUGGAGCUGCCAGAAGAAAUUGGAGAGCUGCAGAAUUUGCAGCGAUUGAUCAUUGUUGGCAAUCGGGUGUCAAGGCUUCCUGAGAGCUGCAACAAGCUUAUGUCGUUGGAAACGCUGGACUGUAGGAGGAAUAACAUCUCAGACCUGUCGGUCGUAUGCAUGUUGCCUAAGGUUACCUCGAUCAUGGCAGAUCAUAACGCGGUGCCGAGCUUAGAUCUAUCAUUUGGACCAUCGCUCAGAAACCUCAACGCAUCGUAUAACGACAUCACCCAACUGACUUUGAUUCCUGGUCCUGUCGGAAAGCCUUAUGCGCUUACAGAUCUCGACAUUUCCUCGGCCAAGCUUUCGUCGUUAGAUGGUCUAGCACUUUCUCAUCUUACAUCUCUGCGGUAUCUUCGAUUCUGCCACAACUCAAUCCGUACCAUCCCUGAUUCGUUAGGAGAGCUGCUGGAGCUGCAGCACUUAGCAUGCGCAAAUAAUCGAUUGUAUUCCCUCCCCGCUUCCAUUGGUAAUUUGCAGAAGCUGGAGAUCCUAGAGCUACACAACAACAGCCUAAAGGAGUUGCCAGCCUCUUUAUGGCAAUGUGCCUCCCUGACCUCGAUUAAUGUGACCUCGAACCUACUUGGCAACUUCAAAGAACCACCGAUGUAUAUGUCCGUGCCCACGGUGCUGCAAGAUCAGGUUCCAUCUAGCCGUGUAGGGCAGUUAAUUGCAGAUAGGAAGACCUCUGUUGGUUCAGUUGCAAGCCGGGAGAUACCGCCGCUGGCAAAAUCGCUGGAGAAAUUGUAUGUCGGCGAGAAUCAAAUGACUGAAGAUUGCCUACGACCGUUGAUGUUGCUGAAGAACCUCAAAGUUCUCAAUCUCUCUUUCAACGACAUAUCUGAGAUUCCCCCAGGCUUCCUCAAGUCAUUGCGAGCUUUGGAGGAACUUUACCUCAGUGGAAACAAGUUAUCAUCUCUGCCAACCGAAGACUUGGAAUCUCUGGAAGCGUUGAGAGUAUUGUUUCUGAAUGGAAAUCGCUUGCAGACGCUGCCUCGAGAGCUCGCGGCCUUAGGUUGUUUGACCACCCUUGAUGUCGGUAGCAACGUGUUGAAGUAUAAUAUCAAUAAUACUGAUUUCGACUGGCACUGGAAUUACAACCCAUCCCUGCAAUAUCUCAAUUUGUCUGGGAACAAACGUCUGGAGAUCAAGCCCGAUACCAAAGUACAGGCGAAGAGUCAGGUGGGGCGAAAGAUUGCGUCCGCAGAUUUCGCCAGCCUUCACUCAUUGAAGGUCCUUGGCUUGAUGGAUGUCACAACUUCAUACCAUACCAUCAUCCCUGACGAUAACGAAGAUCGUCGGGUGCGUACCUCACUGUCUGAAGUGAAUGGGAUGGCAUAUGGUAUUGCCGACACGCUGGGGGCUAGUUUCGGGAAUCCCGACAAUCUGAUCCUGAACACCUUCGAUUUAGUGCAACCUCAUUUCCGGGACCGAAAAGACGAAGCCAUUUUUGCCAUGUUCGGCCGCUCAGCCCCAAUCAACAGCAACAAUCGUGUAUCGAAAUACCUCCAUGAUCAUUUUCUCAAUGUGUUCUCGGCAGAGCUGGAUAAUAUGCAGUCAAGAGGCGGCGAUGUACCUGACGCUAUGCGACGGUCUUUCCUUAAGCUGAACAAAUUUCUUCACGACUACCUGUACAAUUCAGACCCUCGACGGCCGUCAACUGUCAGCGCUUCUGGGUCCAUCCGAACCUACAUUGAUCCCUCUGCUGUUCGAAGCGGGGCGUCGGGGGUUGUCGUAUAUUUGCUUGACAAGACACUAUACGUCGCGAACGCUGGAAAUUCCCUUGCUGUUAUCUCUCACCAAGGUACUGCAGAACUUCUGUCUCGAAAGCACGACCCUUUCGAGAGGAGUGAGACUGUCCGCAUUCGCACCGCUGAGGGGUGGGUCUCGCCGAAAGGGUUAGUUAACGAAGAAAUCGACGUGUCCCGAUCAUUUGGCUUCUACUACUUACUGCCGAUUGUCAAUGCUCGUCCAGAUGUCGUUGUUCGACCUCUCACGGAGUUGGAUGAAUUCCUCAUUAUCGCUAAUCAAGGCCUAUGGGAUUUCGUUCCUUACCAAACUGCUGUAGACAUCGCUCGUUCUGAGCGGUCUGACCCUAUGAUAGCGGCACAGAAGCUGCGCGAUUUCGCUAUCAGCUACGGAGCAGAGGGUACUACGAUGAUCAUGGUGAUAUCUGUGGCCGAUCUCUUUAAUGAACGGUCAUCACGCUCUAGACAAGCCACUCAGGAUCCCCUUGACCUUGAUGCAUAUGCCGCUCGACGACGUCCAAGGAAGGACGAGAUCGUGAACAAGGACAUUUCUCGACUUGACGGCGAAGUGUCACCUCCUGUCGGCCACAUCUCUCUGGUAUUCACUGAUAUCCGUAAUUCGACACAUCUUUGGGAGGUGAAUGCGGGGAUGGAAACGGCAAUGCAGCAACACAAUCAUCUCUUGCGGCGACAGUUGAGACUUUGUGGCGGCUAUGAAGUUAAAACCGAAGGUGAUGCAUUCAUGUGCUCGUUUCCCACUACCAUGUCUGCGUUGUGGUGGUGUCUCAGUGUACAGGUGGAGCUUUUGAAGGUUGCAUGGCCUUUGGAGAUCCUAGAAUGCGAGGACGGACAAGAGAUUCGCGACCCUGAAGGCAAGCUUGUUGCUCGCGGCCUUUCUGUUCGUAUGGGCAUACACCAAGGUCGACCCCUUUGCGAACCCGACCCGAUUACGCACCGCAUGGAUUACCUUGGUCCUGUGGUAAACCGUGCAUCCCGAAUAAGCAGUAGUGCUUUGGGCGGGCAAAUUAUGUGCAGCGCGGAUAUUAUACGAGAGAUUAAUGCUAUCUUCAACGACGGGCCAAAGACUGAGCACUCAUACCUCCAACCUACCCAAGCUAUCGAAGCGAUACGCCGGCUUGGUGUUGUCGUCCACCCCGUUGGUGAAGCAAAGCUAAAAGGACUCGAAGUUCCUGAGAUGUUGUCGCUCGUCUAUCCGAGCGAGCUAGCAGGCCGACAGGAGCUAGAAGCUGUGCAGACGCAUCCAGGAGCAGCUGGAUCGCGAGUUCAGUUCAGCGUCGAUCAGAUGCGCGAGCUCGCUGUGCUGUGCAUUCGACUAGAGACUUUGACGUCUUCUCGCGUAUUUCGCCCUCUUCCAACUCGCAAGGGGAGCACGUCCAAGACGUUGGAGGAGGAGAAGCAGGAGGAGGCGAACCCCGUCUACUUACAUGGGAACCUCGACGUGCUUUUGCCAACACUGGACAAGGCCUCGGAUUCUGAGUUGAUGCAAGUCCUUGACUCUCUUUCGAUGCGCAUUGAAAGCGCAUUGGCGGCCUUGACUCUGAAACAGAUCGUUUCCAUGAACAAGUGUGACGGAGAUAAUAUUUCACGGCGGCAUGGUGGCGGUCUUGAUGUUCGGACGUUGCAACAACUUCUCUCGUUCUUGGCACCUCCUUGAGGUGGUUUGUUGUAUCUGGAGCAUUUUUUUUUUCUUUCUUUCCGGGAUUCUUGUUUGUGUCAUUAUUUAGACGUGCAUCGAUUCUUCUCUCCUGCAUCAUUACUUAUCACCACAGUUUGAGCAUAUUAUUGUAACCCUGUAUCAUUUGUAUCAUUGUAUUCUAUCGACGUCCAUAGCUGUUUUUCGUAGGGCAUAUUUAAUGUUUAUCAUAAGGUUUAUACCCGUCCCUCC